AUGAACGAGUAUCUUAUACAAAAAAACAGCCUACCAGUGCUUACAAGUAAAAGGAUCCGUGAGAUCAUCGAAAAACCUACCAAAAUUAGCUAUUCCACCAGGCUCACCCAAAACUUGGUAUCCCAGUCCCUCAGCUCCCCUUUAAGUCCUCAAGCUUCUAAAUCCUUUCUUCCGUUCAUAUCUGAACGAGAUUCCAGUGGGAAAAUCCUUCCUUCCAAAUCUGAGACUUCUCUGCCUAGCAUUGUCAAUAUAAUUAAAGGCUCAAAAUCCGAAAUAAAUAUCGACCAAUCAUCCCCAAAAUCUGGGAAAAAACCACUAGAAAGUAUCGAAGAGCUCGGAAAUCCAGAAAAAAACAGAAAAAAAUACCAAAAAGUGUACCGCUUGACGUCUCCUAAAAGAGUCCAGCUUCCAGCGGUAGGGUUUUAUAAUAUCCAAUCAUCUUUUGAUAAAAAAGAUAUAGGGUUUUAUUCGCCCAAAGCAGAAAAGUGCCUUGAAAUUAUAAGAGAUGCCAGCCCAGUUCCAAAAAAUGAUGUAACACCUAAUAAUGAAUUUCAAGAAAAACAGAGCCCAUUGCCAGACAUAUAAUCUUACCAUAUAAAUAUCAUAUAUUUCUAAAUAUUCAAUAAACACCCUCAUUUAUAUACAAAAGAUAUAAAAAAAGUGCAUGGAAGACUUAAAAAGUUUGCUUCUCGUAAACAUGCUGUCAAUGAUACAAGCAUAAAGAAUCAUAAUAAAUAUUCCCUUAUUCAUCCGACCUUGGCUGACGUUGACAUUAAUGGGUAUAUGCAUGAAAUUUCUGACCUUGAAAAAAAUAUUCAAGAACAGCUAAACGACUUGAAAAAGUCUCAUAAAAAGCUGACGAUGCUAUAUUAA